AUGGGAAACAGUGUGGCCAAGGUGGCGGUGGACGGUGCAAUGAACUCGGUGGGGUUGGGAGGCGAUGACAAGUCAAGCGGGGGUGGAGAAAACUCAGUCGUGGAUGGUCUUACGGAAGCAGCUGAGGGCAUCUACAACGGGGUGACGCUUGGCGCCGAGCAAGGGGUGGCGUCGUACAAGGUGGCGAAGAGCAGAAACGUUGCCGAUGACCUCAAGGCCAAGUACAAGCGCGAUGGUCCCGUCUCCCGUACCGUCGUGGAUGAAAAGAAUGCCCAACAGAAGCGAGAGCGAUCGAAGAAAACAGCAGAGAGCAUCAAGGCCAAGUACAACAAGUAG